AUGCGCCUAUUUCUCAUCCGUCAUGGUGAAACCGUGGAUAAUGUGGCGAAGGUCUGCGCCGGCACCACUGACUCAGCCCUCACCAACCACGGCAUGCUGCAAAUUGAAUCUCUAGGUCGGCACUUUGCCUCCAGCCAAAGUAGAGUCAAUACGAUAUUUGCUUCAGAUUUAAGUCGCGCACGAAUCACGGCAGAAGGCAUUUGUCGCUUUCAGACACCCCUGCCAAAUCAACCACGCAUAUCGCCCAUAUUAACUGACAGUUUGCGAGAAAGACACUACGGGAAAAUGGAAGGCAAAAAGUGGAUUCCUUCUGGUUCAAUAGAAGAGAGUGGCAUUGAGUCCGAUAGGUCUAUGAUACAACGAGCCAACAAUUUCCUCAAUGAGCAUCUUCUUCCAUUGAUUCUCGAUGAUCCACACUCGGUCGACAAUGUGGUAAUCAUUGCCCACGGUAUCCUCCUCAGAAGACUAUGGACUUGCCUCAUGGAACUUGUCAACCCAGCCGAUGUUCAUACUGCCCCCGAAAAGCAAUUCGAUCUCGCGGUUGUCGCAAAGCCUGCAUGGUCAAACACUGGUGUUACAACUGUUCUCUUACGACAAAGUCGGGUAGCCGAUUCCCGUCAUCCACACACCCUCUUGCACGGCUGGUCAAUAACCAUCCUAGAUAUCGACAACAAAGACCAUCUCGCCAAUGUCUCUCGCACCCGAGGUGGCAUUGGAAGUGCUGCCCACGACGCCAAGCAAGAAAAAGUCGAUCGGUUUUUCAAACGAAAGAUCUCUCCCUGA